CUCGAUGUAUUCAUAAUUACCUGCAUUAAAUCAGCAUCAAGUGAAGGUACGGAAGAAGCGUUCCAGCGUGCUCCAAUCGAACAAAGGACAUACGCUCAUCCCAGACAGAUUGAAAAGAUGCUUAAAGGUCGACGGACGCGAAAUGCGGAAAAGAUUUCUGCCAAACCUUUUCACGAUGAAACUGCCAGCCCCAAGCGUAAGGAUAUUAAAUGCGCGCCGAAAGACAAUAACGACAACGUCAACACGAUUCAACAGUUUAACCACCAAACUGCAAAGUUUCAUGUAGAACCUAUGAAGCUUCGUGGGGGUCGUGUAAAGACUGCAGACAUAUCUCAAUAUUUGGAGAAAAAACCUAAUCCUAAAGGUGACGAUGUGAUCACAUCUAUAGCUUUGCCGGAAACGGUGGAUAUUACUAACGAAAGUUCUGAUGACUCGUUCGAGGUACAGCUGAUCGAGGCACCCAUUAUUCAACUUAAAAACGAAGCUAUAGUUGAAGACACCAAAAAAUCGAAUAAUAAUAACAUAUUCCUACAGGAACCAGUGUUGAGCCUAAAUUUCCCUAAAGAAUCGAACGCUCCAAACCGUACAAUAAAGCUAUUGCACAAUUCCUUUUUGGCAAAUUCGGAGCUAAAAAAUGACACCUUCUCGUCGUCAUUGCAACCAAAGAUAAAUUCCUUCUGGAAGGUUAACGUGAAGAGCCCAGACAUUCAGCAAAAUACAUCAAUUGAACAUGUCGACCAACACGUAUUAGAUCUCUCAAAGCCAACGCAAGUAACUCAGAUCGAUUCUACUACCACAGUCGAAAAUUUAAUACACGAUGAAGACAAUUCUUGUGACAGUGGCGACAGCGGUGUCGUUAUUCUAUCCGGAUCGGACGGAUCUGCCAUAACGUCGAUUCACACAAAUGGUCAACACGAUUUAUCGAUGGGGCCGACCGAGCAGACAGACAGUUCUGAGAAACGCAAAAAACCGGCAACUCCGCACAGAAUUCUUUGCCCUUCGCCCGUCAAAAAUGCAAUCAUUUAUUUACAAAGUCCCCCAGGGCUGUUAAAUGCUUCUUCUCCGGAAAACAGUCGCAGUAAAAGACGAGCCGGAAUUAACAAAACACGUAAAAGGUUAAUUUGUAAGAACGAUGCUAAAGUAAAUGAACUAGCAGAUGAAGUAGCAGAAAUAAAGCCACCACAGCGAGAUGUUUCUGAAAUCGACAUGUGUACAGCAAUUGCAGCGGAAGAGUCAAACGAUCUGCACAUUCAAAAUCGUAAACUUAUUGUUGGAUCAGCUGUUCCUAAACAGACCACUGGUAGUAGUAGCAAGAAAAUUACGGAAUUCUAUCCAAUCAGGCGAAGUGUACGCAAGACAAAAAAGGAGGUUCAGGUCGAACGGGAUCGCGACAUAGAAAAAGCCAUCCGCGAAGGGCGCGAAGAAGGACUAAAGAUCGAGCAUUUUGAAGGAAAGGGUCGUGGCAUUGUCACAACGCGCCCUUUCUCCAAGGGAGAGUUUGUUGUGGAAUACAUUGGCGAUCUUAUCAGUGUUUCGGAAGCAAAACUGCGGGAGCAAAUCUAUGCAAAGGAUGAUAAUACUGGUUGCUAUAUGUAUUACUUCCGGCACAAGAAUCUUCAACAUUGCAUUGACGCGACAGCUGAAAGUGGAAAGCUUGGACGAUUAGUAAAUCAUUCGCGUAAUGGUAAUUUAGUAACUAAAACGGUACCCAUUAACAAUCGGCCACAUCUUGUGCUUAUUGCCAAAGAGGAUAUUGAAAAGGAUGUUGAAGUAACUUAUGAUUAUGGUGAUAGGUCAAAAGAAGCACUUCAACAUUAUCCAUGGUUGGCACUAUAAUUGCAGCAUGCAUUCA